AUGUUUCUCUCAAAGAACCUCGCCCAAGAUGAUUCCAAGGAGCCUUCUGGUGUUCCCGGAGAAGAGACAAUCCCUUUGAGCUUCUUAUUCAUUGUCAACAAACUGAUCAUAUUUGAUCCUGAGUGGGAUGAAUACCAUAACUCCAUCCCGCCUCACGCACCCCAUAAGUACAUGGGUGAGAUUUCAAGCAAGGUUAUGCGAUAUUCGAACGGUCAAGUGUCUGAGGCUGUUGGAUACCACUGGUAUCGAGACUCAAGUCAUGCUAUGGGACACCUUUUUUGCCUUGAUUCAUCUGGUAACUACAUUCCCGACAACUCGACCGACUCGUAUCACAUGGCCCAACAGUACGAGACAUUUGCAGUUUUUGCCUGCAACCCUCUACUGCCUCUCAUGGUCACGGACAGAGACCCACUAGUGCGCGAAACUCGCAACUGGCAACUCCUUCGAAUCUUCCACUCACCACGUGCCCGUGGUCUCUCCCAGGUUGUGACCCUCGAGAGCGCCAUGGGAUAUGGAGGGGCCCCGGUGCGGUAUGUUGCUGGAAAAAGUCCCAGCUGGAUGCCGGCCUUGAUUCCUGAAACAUACCAGAGCCCAAACUUGCGGGCUCCGCCUUCUCGUGGACUAGGGGGUGAACUGGGUAUUGUGUUGGGUCUCAUGGCACUGACUGCGGAUAAGUCCACAACUAGUAAUGACGCAGUGAAUGAAAUGUUCAUAGAAAGGCAACAGUGGCACCACAAUAAAUGGCGAGGGCCCAAGGCUCCCAGAGGGUGUAAGUAA